GCUGACAGCACGGGGCUGCAUGGUCAGUCGCUCGGAAUGCAGUAGUGUGCCCUCCAUGAGAGUACAUCCACAUUCCGCCGCCAACGUCAUUCACAACGCCGUCGGCAACUACCGCGCCGGCUGCCCACUUCCGCCCCUCAUGUAAGCCUUGCGCCGGCCUCGUCCGGUCUUAAGACUGCUCCGGGGCAGUUGAGCGCCCGCGCCUUUCUUCUGCUAACACCUACACUAUGCCGCAGCCCUGCUCUUUCGACGACCUUAAGAACCGCUCCGGCCCGCCUCUGAACUCCUGGGGCCUCUGGGGCGAGGACAACGAGCUUGGGCAGCUCAAUCUCAUCGACGCGGCUGCUGUCAAGCGCGGCCGCGACGCAGUUAAGCAUGGCAUUCCUGUGUGUCUUAACCUUCCCAUGAAGGGCCGUCCGAUCAACCCCGGCCGAGGGACGAUCCAGCAUGAGCUCCUGCACAAGAACAACCACUUCGACGACAAGGUGACCUUCAACACGCAGUACAGCACACAGUGGGACGGCUUUGCGCAUGUCCCGUACCAGAACUACCCGGAGGCCGGCAAGUACACAUACCACGGCGGCCUGACGCACGACGACAUUUUGGGCGGGUGCACCAAGUUCGGAAUCCACAACCUCGCGAAGCACCCCGUGACGACGCGCGCGCACCUGCUUGACAUUGCGCGGUGGGCGGACAAGCACGGCGUGAAGCUCGACCACUUGAGCACGAACACGCCCAUCACGCUCGACAUGAUUCAGAAGUGCGCGGCUGAGACCGGCGUCACCUUCGAGAGCGGCGACGUGCUCAUCAUCCGCACUGGAUUCACUGAGGCCGUGUACAACCUCCCCGAGGACAAGUACAAGGACUACGACCCGAUGAAGGGCGCCAUUGGCGUCGAGCCCAGUCCUGAGCUCAUGCGCUGGGUCUGGGAAACGGGAAUUCCGGCCGUGGCCUCUGAUGCCUUCGCGUUCGAGGCGUGGCCGCCCAAGGCUCGCGGACCCAUCACGCCUUGCGUCCACGAGGUGUUCCUCGGUGGUUGGGGCCUGCCCCUCGGCGAGCUGUUCGACCUGCGCGAGCUGAGCGAGAAGUGCGCCGAGCUGAACCAGUACACGUUCUUCCUGACGACCAUGGCGCUCAACAUUGAGGGCGGGGUGGGGUCGCCGCCCAACGCGCAGGCCAUUCUCUAGAGCGAUGCAGGAAUCACCCUGGCUCCGUCAGGACCCGGACGUUCUCUUGACCAUCACC